CGCAUCCCGAGCACCCUCGAGUACACGAGCUUGACCCUCGGUAUCCUUUUUUUUGUCCAUCUAUCCAUAGAUAAAGAGAGAGAGAGAGACAGAAUAUUACUAAGUAAAUCAGUUAUUUUAACGAGUUGUUUACAAGAUCUUCGUUAAACUUUUCAUCCCCCUUAUACUUUUUCUCUAUCUCUCAAGGAAAAAGAAAUAUUAUAUAAGGGAGAAUCAUAACUCUUGGAGAUAUAAUAAUAAUAAGAAGAAAGUAAGAACUAAAGAUAAAAGAAGAAAAAUGAAGUUCUCUUCAGUGUUGUUAUUUUGCUGUUUCGUCGUCCUGGCCGAAAGGAGCCUUGCCAGUCCUUAUUUUGAUGAAGACUCACUCGCUUUAGUACCGGAAGAAGAUUCUUUGCAGGUGGUAGACUCGGAUUAUACAGAUAAUUCUUUAGACAAUUUCAUGCGAGCUGUUCAACAAAAGCGUUCCUCUUUGAUUCACCUAUUUAGACGUGCCUGCGUAAGACGCGGUGGCAACUGUGAUCACCGACCAAGGGAUUGUUGCUAUAGCUCGAGUUGUCGGUGCAAUCUAUGGGGUUCCAACUGUCAGUGUCAACGGAUGGGUCUCUUCCAAAAAUGGGGUUAAACUGGACAAUCGAUGGUGACCAGUUUCUUAAUAUCAUCUUACCAAAACCUAUAUUACUAUAUUUUCGUUUCCUUUUACAUUGUGCAGCCUAAAUACCCCCCCUCCCCUCCCCUCCCCCUUCCACUAUACGAUAUCCUUCGAAAAACGACAACAAAAAAGUGGAGGAAAAAAAUUAUAAUAAUAUAAUGAUAAUAAUAAUAAUAAAAUAAUAAUAAUAAUAAUAAUAAUAAUAAUGAUAAUGUUAAUGAUAAUUAAUAAUUUAAAAUGUAAAACACAAAUUGAUAAAGCAUACUAUACGCGAGCGUGGUCCAUUAAUUUGACGUUCGAAAACUAUAUUUUAUUAUUUAUUACUAUAACUAGAACUAUAUUUUAUUAUCUAU